UAGGCGCGCGCAUUUUGUGCAUGACCAAGAUUUGCGCGCGGCUGCUCGGUUUGUCAGCCGUUCGACGCUAACGUGGGAGGAGGCUGAACGUGGUACUUAAACCACGGGAGUAUAUGUUUGCUCUACCGCCUUCGGUCUGCCACGAUGUUCGCAACUGCCGGUGAAGACGUCCUGCUUUGGUCCUGCUCGACGCUGCAACCGUGCUUGCGUUUCGACGUUGACAAGUCUCGGACGGUUUCGAGCGUCUCGUGGUCAGCUGACGGGCGGCGACUGGCCUCUAUCUCACAAUUGUGCAAAUUUGUCCACGUUACGGAGUUCUCCAGAAGUAGGCACAGGCAUGUGCAGAUUGAUGUUGAGGGCGCGUGUGUGUGUUCUCAGUUCAGCCACCAGGACUGCCACAGCAUGUGUGUUGGUCUGCUAGACGGCACUGUGCAGCUGCUGAAGAAUGGCAAGACCUCCUACUCCUACCAGCCACACAAGGAGAAGGUGACGUGCAUUGCAUUCAGCAGCAAUGAUGGCUUUGUGGCGAGCGGGGCAUAUGAUGGCAGCGUGGCCCUGCUGUCGGUGGACAUCAGGAACACCAAGAUGCUCAAUGAACCAACUGGAAGGGCAGUGGUCGGGUUGCAGUGGUCACCACACAGUUGUUUCAAGCUAGUGACCACUUCGACAGAUGGCUUCCUCUACAUCUGGGAUACAAGCACGAGGCGCUUGAAGAACCGGUACUGCCUGCAUCCCGAGCGAGGCGCCAGCGGCCUGUCGCUCUCGCCUGUCAAUGAAUCUCUGGUGGUCACGGUCGGUCACGACAGUCGCCUAGUCCUGUUCGACAUGCUCACGGCCAGUGAGCAAGCGUUCGUGCUCACGCCAGAGCCCCUGGAGUCGGUGGCAUUCCUGCCGGAUGGCCAGCGGGUGGUAGGCGGGGCCACGUCGGGGCAGGUUUACCUGUACGACCUGCGGAACACAAGACAGACGCCACCCACUUUUCUUGGCAACCACCACAAGCCCGUCACGGCCAUAGCCACCAUGCACAGUGUACAGGCAGAGCAGCAGAUGAUGGCAUUCGUGAAUGCUAGUGCUGCCAAUGGAAAUGGUGUAUCUGCUGCCAGCAGUGUUCAAUCGCAGCGUGAACUUCCAGUCCGGUUUUCCCUGGGCUCUGAUGCGGAGGCUGCUGGUGAUCUUGUGAUGGCUUCGACACCAAAUGGUGAUGUGCCGACCACCCAGAUUCACCUUGACCCUGGCAAAUCUGGCAAGUUACCAACCAGCCCCAAAGAUGCUGCCAACUUGGCUCUCUCACCUGGUGACGUGUUCCAGGAGGGGGCAGAAUCUCGCAUCCUGGAUGCAUCGUGGGUUUCUGCACAGAACUCGAGCACCAGUCCCCGUCGUCGAUCUUUUCGCCUCAGUGACUUCAUGCCGGUACUGAACGAUUCAUUGCCAAGCUCCGAGACGGGGAACAGCUCUGUGACGAGGUUGUCAGUGCAAUCGGCACGUCAGGAGAAGAGCCAGGCAGCAGCUGCACUUCCAGGGUUGCCCCACGUGAAUGGCACCCAGGGUCCAACGCACAGUGGUCGCCCAACAAACCGGGAUGCUUCUUCGGCAUCGAGCAACUCCGUGCCAUCAAUUCCGGAAGAGCCCUCACAAAACAUACAGGUGGAGGGCUCACCUGGGAUAGACGUCGAGAGGCAGCCCUACGAUCCCACACUGGCCGCUCGCGUGAGCCUUCUGGAAAACAUGCUGGACAACCACACACGGAACACGGAAAGUCUGUUGGCCGAGCAGACGCGCCACAUUGACGCACACCUGCGUCACAUCCACAUCCAGGUGACCCUGAUGGAGCACUCGUUCAUGCGGGACAUACAAGGAAUGCUCCAGCAGGUCUUCGAUGAAGUAGCGGCGCUGCGAGCCGACAUAGCAGAUCUGCGCAAUGACGUUUAGUGGCCUUGUAAAUAGUUUAUUUUUUUACCGUUUAAUGUUUUACUUAUAUUAAAGAUGCAUAUUUAAAGAGUGCGUGUAUGAAAAUGUGUUCGGGGCACAAUUCUAUUGUGCCCCCAAACUAAUGGGCAGCCAAUUUUCGCGGGCCUAAAUAUUCAAAAAUGUACGCACACCUGACUGUUAGGUGCACCUUAAUGGAAACCUGGACCUGAAUGUAGUAUGCCCCCAAUUUGUAAAUGCUCGGAUCACUCGCUUGGGCAAUUUCGCUGGUAGGCAAGAUUCUAGACACAGACCCCGCCCCAAAUUGACGUAGCUAACCAUAUUUGUACGAUUCUAAUGUGCACCCACUUUUCGCUGGCUUUAGUUAAGAAAAAUAAUAGUGCACCUCAGUGUAACGUGCACCCGAAUGUAUUAUGCACUCGAUUUGUAAAAGAAAAAUAUUGAAUGUCCCCACGUUUGCUAUCAGAAUAAACUAGAUGUGCAGAAUUUUCACAGAAGGGACACCUAUGCUAAAAAGAGCUUUAGUAGUGACAGUGGUGCAUCGUCGGCAUUUGCGCUUCAUUGGCUGCAGGUACCAAGUAAACAAGGUAUUCCGCAGCGACUACUUUUUAUAUAUACUACUAACGAUUUCACAAGACUUUACGUGACUCGGCAUAGGACUCAUCGAAAUGUGUAGCCGAGAGCGUUCCUGGCUAUGCGUAGGUGGAAAACUUAGCAUAGCGCCAAAAACGCUGGUUGCCAUAUGCGCCGAUUCAUCCAGUGCAGAGUUGCGCUAAACCUUGCGGAAAUUAUUGUAGUAGAGUAGAAAAUCUGAGAAGCAAGCUUUAGCCAUGCAGUGAUUCUUAUUCCUCAUUCAUAAUUGUCAGGCCCUCAGCCUGGGGCUUUCGUUGACAAUGCAUUGCCCUCGCCACCCAUUCCGCGAGCCACGUGGCCUCCCAUUGUGCCGUGGAUCUGUUGUCUGUACUUUUGAGGUUUAGAUUGUGUGUGCAGGACUACAUGGAGUGAAGUAAACCUCUUGUACAAUCGCAGUGCGGGCAUUGUGGUCAGUGGCACUGUAGCCAGAAAUGUAUUUCAUGGGGCCAGCCACUAUGACUUCAUCUUUCUUAGCAUUGAACAUGAUGAUGGAAAAAACAUUUGAAUUUCCUGUCGUGUCUGUCUGGGGUCGGGAACCAAGAGAACGGUUUUCCCAGAAAUUCUAAACCCUUUGACCUCGCACUCCCUUUGAGAGAUUGCACUUGGAGGGAUGAAUAAUUUGUGGAGAAGAGCUAAAAUUUGCAUUGAGAUGGGCAAUGUGUAUGAAAUAAACAAAAUCAAUAAAAUGCCAAGCAGCUGGGCAAGGCAGCAAACUGAUUUUUGCUAAUGGUCCACAAAAUGGUCCGUCUGUCCAUUUUUGGUGAACGGAAAAAGUAUCUUUUGUCAAAAUCACAACAUCCA